GAUCAUCAUGACGAGCUGUAUUUGAACGUGUCUAGAUUUGACGGAAUUAAUUCUAGGAGACGGUCAGUGCAAAUCACGAAGCAUGUCCGAUCAACCAGCCUCUUGUCCACUGUGCGGUGCGAUUUUGCGUCAAUCACGAAAUUUGAGGAGACACUUAGAGCUCCUACACUUUGGGCUCGGUAGCAAUAAUAAAUCCGGCACGAACACGAGACAUCGACGAACAGAUAGAAAUAACGAUCUCAUUCGAUCAGCCUUCGCAUCUAUUUGUCAACCUCACGUAGCGAGGACGGAUCAAUCAAAAGCUGCCGAGAAUACAGACUUUUCCACGUUAACGUCCCUGUCCAUUGCCUCGUUGACCAACGCAUCGAAUGUCAGUCUUGCAGGAAGCUUGAUGGGAUCUGCAAGUAUUCCGGGAGCUGGUGAUCAAGGAGCAAGUUCAGCGCUGGCUGCUGCAACUUCCUGCACAGCUUCCAUUGCAUCCGCCACUAACGGAAUUUAUUCGUCGGACGGUAAUUCCAACAUGUUAAGCUGUUUGUUACCUUCGUUACCGACUUUGCCUUCUCUUUCCUCUCCACGCGAUGUGUUCCGACACAGCGAAAUGCUGCGAGCAGACAUCGCUUAUCACGACUCCUCCAGGCAUCAUCAUAAACAAACACACCGUAGCGAUGUUACUUAACGCGUUAACUACCGUGGUACUUAAAAUUAAUUCGGUUUUGAUUAACAUGUUUCGCGCUGGUUACUUAUUUUUUAAAUGUUAUUAUUUGAGUGUGUAGGUGGGGACAAUGGUCGUAGCAGUCGAGGCCCAUAUAAAAUCAAUCAAUCAAUUAAUCGAAUGUAUAGGUUAUGGAUAGUCUGGUUUAGUGAUUAGUAGAGUUUGAUGGGAUUAGCGCUGGAUUAUAAAUCUUGCGGUUUUUGAGUUUGGAUAUUUUAAAGGUGGAGAUUUGGUAAAUUAGGAAUUUGGUAAUUGAGAAAUUUGGAGAAUUUUAAUAUU